AUGGCCGAACACCAUGUCUGGCUCUUACUCUUCUGCCUGCUCACAGGGUCAAGAGCCUCCAGAGAGAAAAAUGAUUCAAUAAUGGUGACAGGGAUUCUGGGAGAGUCUGCUAUUCUGCCCAUAGAAAUACCAACUGGAAAGAAACUUGAUAACAUUAACUGGUUUUCCCAUACAUCCGUUGCCCUUGUACAACCAGAAGCAACAUCAGUCAAGAUUAUUACAACCCAUCAAAAUUAUAGGCGACGGCUGAAUGUCCCAAACAAUACUUACAACUUAGAGAUUAGUUCCCUAAAGAUGGAAGAUGCUGGAAAUUACAAAGCUGAAAUCAAUCUUCAGGGCCUUAAAACUUCCACUACCAGCACCAACACCAAGAACUAUAUCCUGCAUGUCUACAGACGACUGGCACCACCAAUAAUUACCCAGAGUGUCAUAGCCUCUGAGAAGAAGACCUGUAACAUCACUCUGACAUGCUUAGUGAAGGAGGGAGGAGAAAAUGUGAAGUAUCAGUGGACUCCUCUGGGAGAACAAGCUGUUGAGUCCAGUGGGAGAUCUAGGAUUUUCAGCUUCCAAAGACCUGAGGAUGCUCCCAUAAAUUACACCUGCACAGUCACAAACCCUGUCAGCAACAAUUCUGAAUCCAUACUUAUUCAAUAUCCCUGUGAAGGUUGGAUUGGUGAGGAAAGUGAUUGGAAGAGUGCUGAUUUUAAAAGCUCUUACAAAAGUCCAGGUACUUCAAAGACUUUUGAUCCUCUCUGGUAUACUCUUCUGUCUGUCUUGGAAAUGCUGAUCGUCUUCAGUCUGGCUGGAGUGGCCUUUUACUGGUGGCACAAGACAAAAUAAGAAAUUGCUUCACUUUGAUGAGCAAGGAAUGGUCCUUCUUCUCAGGAGACUUUGAUCAGGAAGAGGUGAGACUCUGAACAUGGAUCAGCUAUGUGAUGUCUGAGAAAGAGGACUGUGCU